UAUGUCUAGCACCUUUUUUGCAAGAACGUUUUGUAAUAUAAAGCGUUAAUUUCUUAAGCUCAAACCAGUGGCUUGCUGAGUUGAGUGCAGAACAGACCACAAAGAUGAAGUUUGCCGUCUUUCUUUGCAUCCUAGCUCUGCUGGUCCUAGUAGAAGGGCGCCGUAAAAAACAUCACCCUAAAAAAUUCCCAUGGUUUGCAGGACGCCGACCUGGCUUCUACCGUUUUGGAUUUCACAGGGGGUUUCCACGCCAUGGAUUUCCAGGCGGAUUCCCAGGCCAUGGAUUUCCAGGCGGAUUCCCAGGUGGUGGUGGUGGCAUGUAUUCUUACAAUCCGUUUUUUAGCGGCAUGUCAGGCGGUGGAGUUGCGGGCGCUGCUGCGUUUGCGGCCGGUGGUGGAGUUGCAGGCGCCGCUGCAUUUGCGGGCGGCAGGAGAUAUACAGGCGGUGAUAUGUUCUAUAGUGGGGGUGAUGGAUUAGGAGGCGGCGGUGACGAUGGGUAUUAUUCUGGAUUUGGUGAUGGUGGAUUCGGCGAUGGUGGAUUCGGCGAUGGUGGAUACUCCGGUGGUUUAGAUGGUGGAUACUCCGGUGGUUUAAUUGGCGGAGUUGGUGGUAUGAUUGGCGGUGUUGGUGGUAUAAGUGGCGGUGCUGGUGGUAUGAUUGGCGGUCCUGGUGGUAUGAUUGGCGGUCCCGGUGGUAUGAUUGGCGGUGCUGGUGGUAUGAUUGGCGGUGCUGGUGGUAUGAUUGGCGGUGCUGGUGGUAUGAUUGGCGGUGGAGGUGGUAUGAUUGGCGGUCCUGGUGGUAUGAUUGGUGGUCCUGGUGGAUUUGGAGGCCGAAGUUACAUGGGUGGAAGGUCAGGUUUCACACAUUGGCAGUUCAACAGGUGCAAAUGUCAAAGGAAAUGCCCAAAGAAUAAGAGAUACAUCGGAAAAUGUAAACUUUGCAAAGGAUGCAAGUUAGUUAUAUGCUGCAAGUAUACUAGACCCAAAUGGGGUGGUCGUUACACCGGAUAAGGAAACUGACAAGAUGAUAUUCCAAAACAAAGAAUGAGAAGACAUCAAACCGACACGGAAAUCAACUAUGACCUUUUCAUGUAAAUAAAUGCAAACUAAUAAAAGCUUAACACUCUGCAAACUAAA